UACUAUGUCGUCUGCCACCGUCAAUCCUGAUCUGGCUAGAGAGAGGAGAGGGGCGACAUUUGAUGUGGAAAAGUUGACAAACACAAUAUAUGGAGGAUCAGAAAAUGUCAGAAGACGUCGAUAUUUACAUAAUUUGGCUAUUCAAGACCCAAAGCUUUCUCAUUCAAAACCCUGGGCAUUUCGAUCACGAGAGGAAGAGUACGAAACAUCGCUUUGGCAAAACCUUUACCUUUUGAAAAAAAUGGAGGAAAUGGGACUUAAAAAUGAAUUGGAGAGAAUGUACUAUUUAGAGGCUGCUACCCCGUCUCAGGCAAAUGCUGUCGGUGUACACUACGGUAUGUUUAUCCCUGCCAUUGAAAAACAGGGAACGGAGGAACAAAAGGCAAAAUGGCUUCCGCUAGCAAAAAGUUUGAAGAUCAUUGGGACAUACGCUCAAACGGAACUUGGUCACGGGACAUUUAUACGAGGACUAGAGACCAAUGCUACAUACGAUCCCAAAACAAAAGAGUUCAUAUUGAAUUCUCCAACAGUUACUUCAAUAAAGUACUGGCCCGGAAAUUUGGGAAAAACUUCAAACGUUUGUUUGGUAAUGGCUCAGUUAGAGACGCAAGGGAGACGGCACGGAAUUCAUUUGUUUCUGGUGCAGCUUAGGGAUCUUAACACACACAAGUUAUUGCCAGGCGUGGAGGCAGGAGAUAUUGGUCCCAAGUUUGGUUUUAAUGGUAAUGACAAUGGCUUUUUAAGAUUAGAAAAUGUCCGAAUACCACGAGAAAACAUGCUGAUGAGAUAUUCAAAGGUACUAGAGGAUGGUACAUAUAUAAAACCUCCGGACCAGAGAAUAGGAUAUGGCACCAUGGUUUUAAUUCGAGCCAAAAUUGUUGGUACGUUUUCAAAAGUUUUGGCAAUGGCGUGUGUUAUAGCAGUACGAUACAGUGCAGUUCGACGUCAAACGGAAGUCUCCCCAGGUGGAAUAGAGGCACAAGUAAUAGACUACCAAACUCAGCAAUACAAGUUAUUUCCAUUAGUGGCAACAGCUUACGCAAUGCAUUUCACUGGGAGAUUCAUCAUGGGUUACUAUGCAAAAGUUUCUUCUGAAAUCGACGCUGGUAAUCUGGAGUCGAUGAAUGUACUCCAUGCUGUGCUGUGUGGCCUAAAGGCAUUCAGCACAUGGUCGUGUACGUCGGGGAUAGAAACAUGCCGUUUGUGUUGUGGGGGACACGGAUACUCCCAUGCCAGCGGCUUGCCCAAACUUUACACGUUUUACACACCAGGAUGUACAUAUGAGGGUGAAAAUAACGUCAUGAUGCUACAAUUAGCCAGGUUUCUGAUUAAGGUGUAUCCCACUGUAAAGAGAGGGGCACCAGUCAGUCAAUUUCUGCGGUGUUUUACGGUGGAUGUUUCUACCAAAUCCUGCAUGACAGAAGAAGUGGCGUUAGGUUGUCUUGUUAAAGCUUAUGAACAUAGAUCAGCUAGAUUACUCGAAGAUGCUGCCACAAAUAUAGAGAGACUUGUUCGCUCGGGAAAGUCCAGACAAGAGGCAUGGGAUGCGUCCACUGUCUCCCUCACAUGGGCGGCAACGGCAUUUUCUCAUCUGUUUGUCGUCAAUGCGUUUGUUGAGCACUUGAACAAUAAUAAGACUGAAAAGGAAACAGAGGACGCAUUGAUCACGCUUUGUAAACUUUAUGCAGUUCAUGGGAUCGUAGAAAGACUGGGGGAAUUCAUUCAGGAUGGUUUCUUUAGCCCUGUACAAGUCACUUACCUUCACAACAAACUGACAGAGCUGUUAGCAGGGGUGAGACCUAAUGCAGUGGCCUUAGUGGACGCGUUUGAUUACCCUGAUCAGGUGGUGGACAGCUGUCUAGGGCGUUAUGAUGGACAGGUGUACCAGGCUCUGUACGAAUAUGCCAAAAAUUCACCUCUCAACGAGAAAGAGGUUUUGGAUUCCUACUUUAAAUAUAUAAAACCUGCUCAAGGGGGAGGAAAUCCUACAAUGUCUAGACUGUGA